GGAGUUAAGUAAAAUCUUAUCCAUCCAUUUAUCUAAUCCGAUCUUUCCUGGAAUUGAAAACCUUGAGAGAGAAGAGGGAGCAGUCCAAGCAGUGGUAGAAGAGAAAUGGCAUUAUCAGUGGCCAUGGCAGUGGAUGCUACUGCUAGUACUAGUAAUAGAUGGAGUAUGGCUUCUCUCUGGUCCGCACUUCCUUCUUCUUCAAAGAGUGCCGCAUCCACAAUGCGAUUUCCAUCAUCUCGUUGCCAAUGCCCCCGGCAAAGCAUCAGCCUCUCUCGCACUCGCCGCCAACAACAACAACAACGACGACCACUCCUUACGCGCUCUUUCACUGCUCUUAACCCCCUCUCCUCCUCGUCUCUUGGUUUCUCCGACAACUCUACUUUCGGACAUGCCUUCCCUUCUGUUGAUAAUGGCUCUCGCUUUUUUGCCAUGAGGCAUGGCAGGCGAGUUCCCAAGCUCAAUCGGCCACCAGACCAGCGUCGGGCACUUCUUAGAGGCCUCACAACUCAGCUCCUUAAACACGGUCGUAUCAAGACCACAAGGGCACGUGCCAGUGCUAUGAGGAAGUAUGUUGACAAGAUGAUCACUUUGGCUAAGGAUGGGUCUCUCCAUAAAAGGAGACAGGCCCUGGGCUUCAUCUAUGAAAAGCAGAUUGUCCAUGCCUUAUUUGCGGAGGUACCAGACAGGUACGGGGAACGAAAUGGUGGAUAUACCAGAAUUAUUAGAACUUUACCAAGGCGAGGGGAUAAUGCACCCAUGGCAUACAUUGAACUUGUCUAGGUGUUUUCUUUUCUCAAAACUUGUGCUUUACUUUCUGCUGAAUCAUGUGCCUGUAUUGAUAUUUACAAUUUUUGAGAUAGAACUGUGUGCAGUGAAGAUGUUGCAUUCUGAUUUUA